GGGCCCUGAGAAAUCCUACCUGGAGACCAGCGACGAGAGUCUUCGGGAUGAACUGCUUGAAAAACUUGUGGAACAGAAACUGAUGGGACCAACCCGACAGAUUUGUGAGGGCAAUCCAGACAACCUUCCACCGAGAGAAUUGCCACAUGGAAACCUCGCCAAUUUGUACCCACCUUACGCUGACUUGCGUGAUCUGCCACGGAUUUGGAUGCUGGAUGUAUCUUGCCUGGGAGGCUAUGUACGUGACUGGGCCGGCAUGAUGCCGCAUGCAGUGGGACUCAAAAAUGCUUAUCGAGAUCGUGGGAAAAAAGCUGUUGAUGACAAAGUGGUACCCCACUCCUUCACCUUCAUGGCCCGGCAUUCCCUUCCACGCCAUGGUGCCGGUUUGCAGUUGAGCGAACGGGUACCAUUGCGCCUGCAGCAGGAUGACAGGGACAAUGACAUCUUUGCGCUUACCAAGGUGCACAUGAGUGAUACCAACUUAAGCCAGGACCCGCUUAUGGUUCAUCCAGCAUCUUUGACCCAUGAAACCCAGCACUACUGGAACAGGGUGAACUCUACGAGAUUAGUUGCCCGGGCAGUUCUGGAAGAUGAGCGAGCCAAAGAAAUUGAGGAAUUGGCACGAAACAUUGAGAUGGAUUUUCCUUCCCUCCAUCGUUCUGUCGCUUUUUACAGAAAAAUGUUAAAUCCAGAUGGGUUGACCCCAUACCCGGAAAUCAAAUUUCUGAAGUGUCCCAGGGCAAACCAAAGGUGGUGCCAAGUGAAUCUUGGGGAACGCCCUCCCCCUCCAAAGGCCCACCACUUGCAGGUGGUGUUUCGGAGGGGCUAG